CGUCACUUCCUGUUACAGUCAGCUGCAAAACAUAGCUAGAAGGUCUUAGGCACUAUUUUGUGCAGUUGGUUAUUUCUAUGUUAUAAUUGUGUUAUAGACACGUUAAAGACGCUCCUUAUUAUUACCAGUGACUUCAGUUAUGAAGGGCCCGAGCACAGACAGCGGCGAGAUGGACGUAAUGGACGAGAGCACUACAUCACCCGCCGAUCCCAACAGCGAUGACCUCCCACCGUACCUGCGCGAAGAUCCACCAGAAGAUUUGGACAAAGACCAUCCAAAGAGUGAAGGGGGCGUGGUCUGGAGAAUGACAGGAGGCCUGUUUAACCUGACCAAAGGAGCGGUGGGUGCCACUCUUGGAGGAGUGGCCUGGAUGGGUAGCAAAAGCUUCGAGCUGACCAAAGCGGCCGUGACCAGCGUCCCAGCAGCGGGGGUGGGAUUGGUGAAGGGCAGCGUCUCCGUGGUAACCGGUGGAGUCGGCGCGGUCGGGUCAGCCGUGGCCGGUAAAGUCACGACGAAGAAGAAAGACAAAUCCGAUUAGCAUGGCUGGACGGCUUGCUGCACGUUUACUUCGACAUUUCCGUUACUGUCUGAGCAGGUGUGUGGUCACUUGGUGGGGUGUAAGCAUUACCAAACAGUACAAGACGCUGAUCCUGAUCUGUUUUUCUGUUUUUACCGAAGUUGCCCUCUUGCGCCUGACGUUACAAACACUGUUAGCACUACAAAAAUAAAAAAAAAAUGGGCAAAAAGGGCAACUUCUGCGUUUACUGCUGGUCUGUGUCUGAUGAUUGGGCUCUCCUACUCUUUAUUUGUCUAAAAGGAAAAUGUUUAUUUGGUUUCUUUACUUUUGCUUUGUGAUAUUAGUGCUGAGGGACACGACUUUGAGGAGACAUAAAAUCACACAUCCCUUAGGAAUUCUAAAUCCAAUCCUUAGAAAGAAGAUCAAAUGUGAAUUUAUGGUGUUUAUGGUGUAUAUUAGGACCAAACAGUGUGAAUCUGAAGAUGAGUAUUACUGGAUCUCUCUCUCUCUAACCCUCUCUCUCGCUCUCUCUCUCUCUCUCCCUCUCUCUGUGUGUGUGUCUUUCUCUCCAUUUCUCUGUCUGUUGCUCUCUCAGUUACUGGAUCUCUCUCUCUCUCUCUCUCUCUCUCUCUCUCUCUCUCUCUCUCUCUCUCUCUCUCUCUCUCUCUCUCUCUCCAAACCUCUCUCUCUCUCAAAUCUAAAACUGACUCUUCAUGACUCUUCUGGGUCAGGAAACCAAAACCCAAACAAAAACAUUCAGAUCCCAAUCCUACAAACCACCCACUAAUCCUAUAAAGUCGCUGAUCAUUUUCUUAAACAACAACAACAACAAAAAAAUCGGUAUCCAUUUCAGACACAACACAUUUACUGUCUCGUAUCUUCAUGUCUUUGACAGAAUGAAGGAAUAUCGGGACACUAACGUUUACGUUUCCUAAUUCCCCGCUGAACUGCAGGAGACAAAUGCUGUAUAAUUGUGAAAAAUUGGGAUAUUUUACUUUCGGAUUUGCGACGAACGAAUACGAGUCACAGAAUGUCGUUUCUAGGCUUUUCAUCAGUCGUGGAUGGAUACGAAAAAGUCAGUCCCGUUCAACAGAUUUCCAGAGUUCAUUUCCAUAUUACUGUAAUUGUCUAAUCCUUCGUUUUGAUUGUUGCGAUCAUGUCACCUCUACCUGCAUAGACUUAGCUAGCUGACUAGCACGGCUGACGGCUAGCUAGCUAAAAAAAAAAGUCCCGUGAUAUUUUCCUGUUAAAUGUACUUGUACGUAAAGGCGUUCGUAUUAUAGGACCCAGUGAUGAGUAAAUCUGCAAGUGUGUCCUACAUACAAUCCUUUCUUUAUAAUUACAACUAAAUUUACAUUCUCACAGUUUUACGUUUGCGAUCAGGAAUCACACCCCUGACGCUUAUUCCCGUGACGCGUUGGUUUAAAAUCUUCAAACAUUUCACUACCGUUCACACAAUCAGCCUGCUGAUAGGAACUACUUUUAUCAGGGAUGAUAAUUAGCUCAGGCUGAUGCUUGGAAAUUCCAGAAUAUGAAGAACACAAGCCAAAGCGCAGCGCUAUUUAUUUCUAACGCUAGGAAAGUGCAACGUCACCAUGAAUUUAAACACACACGCACAAUAAAAACCCAGGGAUGCUUUUCAGACUCAAAUAACAUCUUUAUGUAUGACAAGGGAGCUCCACAGCUCAUAACCAAAAUGCUACCCAACGACUUUCUGCCUUUUGGUUUCCUCCCCCAGAGACGUUAUGAGGAGAGGAGAAAGAUUCAAGCACUCUUUUAUAUUCCAUAUCCUGCAUUAAUGCAACUGACGCUUUUUAGUCUCGGCUCCUCAACCUCCCGCAAAGAGCGAGGUCUUACCUGUCGAUAGUCGAUCCGUCAAAUCUCGUUACCGUUAUAGUUUGGGGGAUUAUUUUUGUUCAUUUCUGAUGGAUGUGAUUCAUAACCGAAGUAAAACUCUAGAUGUAUUCGGUGUAGCCUGUUUUUUAAAAGUUUGCCAGUUAUUUGCACAAAUAAUUGCUAGACUCCUAAUGUAAAAAAGUUAUGAGCUGUUAACCAAUCAACAGCCUCAGCAAACAACCACUGCUGGGUUCUAACACAAGGCCCUUAACCCUCACCUGUCCUUGUCUCGGGUUUGAUGGAUUAAAGUGUCAAAAAGUAAGCAUGAGAGCAAUGAACCAUAGUAGCCGAAAUCUCCGUUACGGGUCAACAUGCAGAUCUACGACUUUCUAGACCAUCGAUUUGUAAUUCAUUAAAUUGCCCCUGAGUUCGUCUGCAAUUACUUCUAACAGGAAACGACCUCAUUCUACAUCCCAUGAACCGCUCAACGUCGUCACGUGAUGAAUAUUGUGUCAGGUUUUAUCAGCUAAUUCUGUCCUGGCACGUUUACAAGACACCACACUGACGCUGUAUCGCUGUAACUCUGAACCAUGUUUAAUUCUGGAGAGAAAUUUGUUUUGGGAAUCUUAGCUGUUUCAUUUUGGGCUUAAUUAAGUAUCCUAUAGAAGUGUAAGAGAAAUCAGGUAGAGCAUGUGGUGUGAGAUGUAGUUACAGGAUGUAGAACGGUGAGUUUUAAAGCUACAAAUUCAACAGCAAUCCAUUUUCCUGUAUUUUCUCCCAAUCUACUGCAGUUUUUUUUUUUGCUUUCUUUUAUUUCUCUGCUUCAUGUGUGCUUUUUCUAUUCUUAUUUUCCUCUGCACAGUUCCUAGCCGGUCAUGCCGUGUUGCAUGCUCCUUCCUGUUCGUGUCGCCUCUUUAUCCGUCCCCAUGAUUGUAAUGAGUGACCUGUUUGUGUCCGAGGCUCUGUUACUCGAAACUGAACUGUAGAAAAGUCGAUUCUUUUGUCUAUUAUAGAACUAUUUUUGCUAAAUUGAUGCUGUAUUCUACGAUUAAAAGCAAUUCUGUAUUUUA